AAUAGAGGCGCGGAGAAGGGAAGGGAAGAGAAGGGGGCAGAGUGGGCAUCUCCGGAUCAGCACUUCUCUGUGCUUCAUCCAGAGCAGUAAACAUGGACGAAAGGGCGCCUCGGGCACUUCUGUGAUGUUGCUGUAAGAAUGCCGCCGCCGCGGAUUUCCCGAGUCUUCGCCUUUUCGCUUCUGUUGUGCGGCGUUUGGCUGAAAUCCGCAGCGGAGCGAGGAGCAGUUGAAGUGUUGAUUAAAGUACAGAUCUUUGACAACAGUGACCUUUCAUCUCUGAAAGAAGCUGCAGUUCAGGUGCAUGGGAACCAGUCCAUCUUGGCAUCUGGCCUCACAGGGGAGAAUGGUAUUGUCACGGUUAACUUCCUGUACCGCCCAGGAACUUGGGUCAUUGUCUCAGCCUCCAAGCAUGGAUUUGUGACCAACUCCGCUCCUUGGCAUGCCAAUCGCAUCCCCUUGUAUGCUUCAGUGAGCCUGUAUCUGCUUCCCCAAAGACCAGCUACACUGCUUCUCUAUGAUGAUGUGGUGCAGCUCCUGCUUGGUUCUCCAGGUUCCAGAAGUCAUCCAUGGGUACAGCUCCAGAGAAAAGCCAUUGGACCCGCAAUCAACGCCUCCCAAGUCACUCUCUCAGCCAUGCUCACCUCCACAAGGACCCAGUACGAGCUUGGUGGCUUCCCCUACCCCCUCGGCCUGGAGAACAACAGCACAGGCUUGAACAGUAGCUGGGUAGAGCUGACUGCAUUGGCGGCAGUUUGUGCCACGCUCACUGGACCCAAUGGCACUGAGGUGCAGGUCUCAGAACCCAUCCAUGUUUCCGUCCCCCUUCCUUCAGAUUCACCCCUCAAAUCUGCCACCAGUGUCCCCAUCUGGAGGUUUGAGGACAGGACAGGUCUUUGGGUUAGAAGUGGUGUGGGCUACAUUAAAAAAGAUGGGUCUCACAUGACCUGCAGUUUUGUGGCUUCACAUUUAGGAUACUGGCUUGCAGCUUUUCCAUCAGUUGGAGGCAAACUGCUGAACAAUUCUGGCCUCAGAGAUAUCACUACGUACCACACCAUCUUCCUUCUGACAAUUCUGGGUUUUAUGGCCUUACUGGUUCUCGUCCUGCUCUGCAUGUUGCUCUACUACUGCAGGAGGAGAUGUCUGAAACCCAGGCAACAUCGCCGUAAAAUGUAUAUCUCAUCUACUCUGGAGAGUGCCAAAAGGGACCAGGGUACGUCCACUUCUCAUCUUAACCUCAUCAGUGGAGGACAUUUGGAGACAGCUUCCUCGGCUGGAGAUGGUGUGAAAUCAGACCUUUCCUCUACAAGGGACUUGCACAGCUCAAGGGAAGACUUUUUCAGGCGAAAGCAGCGCCAUUCCAAAGGGAACAACAAGCAAGGCGAGAGCUUCCCACUGCACAUCACCUGUUCCACCAAUACCAACAACUUAGAUCUCCUACUGCGAGAUGACCAUGGCAGGAGUUAUAGUUCAACAGAUGAUUCUGAUGAUCGUAGGAACCAUCGUCAUCCCCAUAAUGCCAAGGACAACAAAGGUUAUACAUCUGAUCCUCCUUCUCCCCCACGGUUGCUCCCAUUUACUGGUCAAUACCAGGAGCAAAGACGGGACAGCAAGCCUCCAGAGUACUCUGCCUCUCAGGCUACAGAUAACUUGAACAGACCUGUCUCCAUGAAUGCACAGCCAGGCCAGCUCAUCUUCUGCCAUUCCAUGGAGCAAAUGAAGGACAGCAUGUACCACAGUGUUGUUCCCACUUUAGUCAUCCCAGCACAUUACAUGCGCCUCUCCACAGAUCUGUCAUCCAUGGAACAGGCUGUGGAAAGGCAGCAGCAGCUGCAGCAUGAUAUGGAGGCCAUUCAGGUAAGCAUGACAUUACCUCGCCAGCAGAGUCAACAGCAGCAGCAGGAAGCCAAGCUGCAGAACGAGACAGAAAAAGCCAGCCAGCAGGGGGAGGGGUCAGAGGCUCAGAACUGGAAUUCAGAUGCCACCACCAGCCCAGUCCACAUCCCUGUGCUUUUCAACGAAUCUACCAUGACACAGAUGAAUGGAGAGCUGAAGGCUCUCACAGAGAAGAAGCUACUUGAACUGGGCGUAAAGCCUCAUCCCCUGGCCUGGUUUGUGUCCCUUGAUGGCCGAGCCAAUUCACUUGUCCGGCACUCCUACAUCGAGCUGGGCAAUGAGCCUCUACGGGCACCCCAAGAGCACCAUGCCGAAACAUACCCUGGGAACUCAGGAAGGUCCUCCCAGAGAAGAAGCAAAGAGGAAAGAAAGGCAAGGGAAGGAGGUGAACGAAAGACCCAUGGCAAGAUCUACUCUAAGCUCCCAGUCAUUGACAACACCAAGCCCAGCACCAGUAGUGAGAGCCACACAGCUCCCUACUCACCAGAGGAUGGCUCCAUGGCACCACUACUUGAUGACACUCCAGAGUCCCGGGGUGGAACAUUUCCACGUAAAGGACGCAGCCGAGACUACAGUGCCCACAGCAGUAACACAGAAGAGCGAAGAGACUUGGAGGCCAGCCCUGACAAUGAUGACAAUGAUGGAGAUGACAAGGACGAUGAAGGCGAGAAUAAGAAGAGCCCAUGGCAGAGGCGUGAAGAGAGACCACUCAUGGUGUUCAACGUCAAGUAGUCCCCACAAGCAUUCCGCCAUGGACUCUUCCAGUUUUCUUGUCUGGUACUUCUACAUUACGUAGAGCAACAUAAUAUUGCAGUCAAGGAUUAUCAUGGAACUUUGUCUACACUGUUGACUCUCAUUGUGAGUCUUCUGACUCACUCGUCAACAAAAAAUGGAGGCACUGUUGCUGUCUUGUGGACCAGUUUACAGAAGACGUAGUCAGAGGUGUAUCAACCCACCAGUAGAGACAAAAUGAUUUUAAAAGUGACUUGCCUCUACUUGCCAGCUACUACUCAAUGCUAAUUCUCUUGAAUGCCCUGCAUAUGGAGUAUUUUCUAGGAUGUAAACACCACUAAAACAGACUAUGCUAUUUUUUAAGCCUAGUUGAUUUCUUGUAAUAAAUUGAUGUGUUUAACUUUCAAUGUGACUACCCUGAAAACAAUAUUUCUUCUUUACCAGUGACUUCUGCACUGUACUGGGAAUGACUAUGAGCCAUUUUUAAACCAUUUUUAAUCUAUGGGCCUUAAAGAAUUUCUCAAAGGAGAGCGAGCGCCCAAAAAAGUAUGAAAUGUUGAAAAGACAUAUGGACUGAUUUGUAGAAGUUCUGGAUAUGUUCAGGCUUUCAUGAAGGUUUGGUUCUUAUAUAAUUGGUAAUAAAAUCGAGAUACGUGUGUUUGCGUUUGAAUGAAACAACACAAAGAAGAGGAAAAUGUGUCUGGGUUAAUGUGUUUACUCUAAAUAUGACUUUAAAAAUUGAAUGCCCCUGAAUUUGCCCUUGUAGAACUUUGCCCUUGUAACCUGAUGUUUGUAAUCAAUUAUUCAAUUCUAGAAAGCUUUCGUUUUUUUUUUUUUUGCAUCUUUACUGAGUUUUAUUCUCUCACAUCUUUGCGAAUCAAUAUAAGAAUGCUUGGAGCCCUAUAGAAAAAUAGUUUUUCAAUUCCUUUGAAAGAGUAACGAUCUAUCUAAAGGGUUCUGUUUUAGGAGUUUACAUUGAACUUUUAACACUAUAUGUCCACUUGCAUCCUAGCUCUGCUGCAUUUGCACCGGGUUUUUUGGUCUCCUUUCAAAAUCGGAUAUUUUACUGUCCAAUAACUCUAUGCUAUGCCAGGCCAUAAUAUAUAGUCCAGAUAUAUAAUAUUUUCACAUCCUCCAGAAUCAUCCAGAUAUUGGAUCACAAUAACUGUGGAUGACAUAAAGCCUGUAUCCAUGGUCUAAUAGAGCCUCAGAUAGACAUACUACACACAAUAGCUUUGUUUAUUACAAUCACUGAUGUGCUGAAAUAUACAUACUAUCUUAUUUUCCCAACGGUUAUGUGACAUUUAUUGCCGAUUAAGUAUGUGAUAUAGUAGGAUUCUUAUUUCCCCCCCCUUAAAACUCCUUGCUGGUAUAGUGUUAAGCUGGUCCAAAUCAAGUAUAGACAUGCUUGUACCUGGCUGUGGUUCUUGCACUUGGCAUCAAAAGACACUUGUAAUGCACAACUAGGCUUCUUCUACUGUCAAGAUGCGUUCGCCCAGUUUUGCAUUUCCAUUUGGAAUGGUGAUGCAUGAAUGAUUUUACACUAGAGGAAAUUUAUCAGGUAUUUUUUAACAUGUUUAAGUAUUGCUUAGUCAAGCGUGCUUACUAAAAAUUUGUGAACCACUUGUUUAAUAACACUGUAGUAAACAUAUAGUUUUACUUUUGCUCUCAUGUGUUAAUUUGUCUGUUUCCUGAUCAUGACAUUAUCUAACUUGCAAGAUGUACUAUUCUCUGUUUCAAUUUUUUUUUUUUUGUUGUUUUCGUCUUCAAAUAUCAUUUGUUUUAGAAUAUAAAUCAAUAAAUGCUACCCAUAGCAUGCCAAAGCUUAUAGUAAAUGAAGUACAAAUGUUGUACUAACACCCUGUCAUCUUUCCUGUCACACUCUGUUUCUCUUGCUGCCUAUAAAGUGCCUUUCUGUGUCAGACUCAGCCCAAAUCUUGCUGAUUUCACAUAACUGUGUUAUUCAAAAUGACAAUCUGACAUACAGGGCCAAUUUUCCACAUACAAAUAUGACAAGACUUCUGCCCUCUUUCUUUUCGCAUCACUAAGGUAUAUCCUGUGUCUAAUAAACCAACCUGAAGAUAUUUUUAUUUUAUAUUUCUGGCCUAUUUUUGUUUUAUUCAAUAACUGCUGUAAUAAAUCAGAUCCCAUUGCAGGACACUGA